GAAAACAAGUCAGUGCUAUCUGCUUUGAUAUUUUAGAAGUAGUUCAAACCACACACCUAAGUUCAGGUGGAGGGAAGCUUUGAUUCACCCUUUUCAGCAUUGUAGCCAAUUACAGUAAUUCAUUAAUUGUAGGGUGCACAGAAUAGAAUAUACAGGAAAAGAAUGAAACAGUAUGUUGUUUGUAUUUGUUUAAAAGAUUAAUACAGCUGAUGGAAGAAAUUAUGGCUGAAAAAGAGAAUAAGACUAUUAUCUUUGUGGAAACAAAACGGCGAUGUGAUGACUUAACACGAAGGAUGCGUAGAGAUGGUUGGCCAGCUAUGUGUAUUCAUGGAGACAAAAGUCAGCCUGAACGAGAUUGGGUGCUUAAUGAAUUUCGUUCUGGAAAGGCUCCUAUCCUCAUUGCCACGGAUGUUGCAUCUCGUGGGCUAGGUUUGUACACAUGAGCUUCCUGCCUGUCAUUUCUUUAGAUUGACAUUUUUUUCCCCAAAGAAUUUUAAAGCGUGACUUUCUCAUAUAUGAAAUGCCUUUUUAACAUUGAUCUUCUUUUUCUUUCAUAUUCAAAAUCUCUUCCUGCUCCUAAUGAACAGGCUUUGGUCUGCAGCAAGGCCUAGGCAUGACUAAUCGAUCGCCAAUGGGGAGAAGAGACGUCCAAUUACUCAAUCCAAUUCUUCCACUAUACCCCAUCUUUAAUUCCAGCUUUGUGGCUGGGUGGCUAGGACUGAACAGUAUUCAUUCCAUUGUUAUUCAGAAUUACCAGAUGGUAGAACAAGCAUCUCUUUAACAAUCCUUUUUUGCCCAAAUGCAUUACUAAUGUAAUUGCACAUUAUAACCGGCCCACUUCAGUAUCACAAUACAUAGAUUUAUAUGUGUGAGCAUAUUUUGCUUUUUUACACAUUCUUUUUCACUUUUCUUCCUCAAUUGGAUUGUUGAGGUUAUAGUAAAAACUCUUAAGGGGAGGGUUAUAAGGAAAAUCCGUCAGCCUUUCAGUAUUUUCAUCUGGAUGUUUAAGCAAACAAUUCCAUUGCUCUUUAUAUUUAAUGUUCAAAUCUCUACUUCUAGUACAUUCAGAAAGUAAAUUUAAAUGGGGUUGUAGAUACUUGAAAAACUUUAAAAAGACUUUCCUAAAAGGUUUUCAGUUAAUGCCUGGUUCAGUAGACUCAAUCAAUCUUUUAUUAAAAGUAAUUUCUCAAAUAUUUCAGAUGUACUUUAAAUAGAGGAUCAGUUAAAAGCUAUUCUUGAAAAUGCUGAAAAGACACACUACGUUAGCAUUUCUGAAAAAUGACAAGUUGCUAGUCUUUUCCUCACAUAAAAUCCAUUCUCCCAUGCCAUCUCCAAAAUUACCCCAAUACUACUCUAGUUCAUGUGGUUUCAGUCUCUUGUGUUCUGGGGUCAUGUCUGGACCUAUGCAGGUAGAACUUGGGCCUGUUAGGAGAAGGGG